UCUGCGUCCAUCCCCAAAAACCUGAACUCUUAUCCAUUACGCUCCCAUUACCACUAAUUCAGUCUAAAUUCUUGACUCCCAUUACGGUCCUGAAAAUUUGAAAACCCAACUGAACCUGGAUUUCGUCUUCCAUUAUAGCUCCAUCUUCAGACUACCUAUCCCAAUCUCUAGUUUGAGGUUGAAAGCACAUGGCUGGUAAUGAGAUUGAAGAGUGGGUACCGAGAACGGAAGAAGGAGGUGAUGAUAUCCCCAAUUACGGUGGGUUUCGGUUUACCUCAAAUUUUGUGUAACAAAUCGAUUAAUGGUUUAAGGGUUUAGCUUGGUUGAUAAGGGUUGAGAUUUAAGGUUUCAUAUUUUAAAACUUUGGUUUUGAAUGUCGGGUUUUGAGAAUUUCAAAAAUUUUCAUUUGGGGGUUUCGAUGAACAAUGAGACGUAGGGUUUAGGAGCUUAUUAUUUUGGUGGUUUCGAGUUAUGCCUGGGGUGAUGUUUGUGUUAGUGGCUCUGCACUUUGGUUUAUAUACUACAGAGACCUUCACACAGUCAGAGAGUCCGAGGAGCCAAAGCCAAAUCAAAACCCGUCCUUUCGAACACUCCGACGGAUCACUCACACACCCAUUUCUCCAACAACUCUUCUCUUUCGAGGUUUCGCAUGAUCUGAGUUUCCCAACUCCUAUAUUAAGUCCUUCUACAUCGCCCAUAACCAUUCUUGAUCCAAUCAUGUCUCACUUGGCUCUCUCUCAGGUUUCACUUACUACUACUGUUCCUGCUGGAAGUGACUUAUCUCUGAGAAGAUCUGUGUUCAAGUGCAUCCUGAGUUAUUCACAAUCAAGAUGUACCAUGGUGGAAUUAUUAGGGAGCAGCAACAACAACCACUGCUAAAAGCAACAACAAAGUCGAGCACUGCUUCACCCACUACACAAGCUGCUAGAGCAAACAGUAAAGCUUCUACCUCUGCAAAGUCUUCAACACCAACAAGAUCAUCACAGAGGAUUAGAGCUGGAAAGGAGGCAUGAAAAUAGACCUAGGAGGCUGAGAUUAGCAAGCCAGGUUAUUUUAUAUUGAUUGAUGAAAUGUUGCAUUAUUUUGUGCAACCUUGUGCUGUGUCACAAGGUUGCUGGGUCUAAUCUUUUGUUAUGAUGAUUAGAGCUAAUCUGGACAAAGCAACUAUUUCCAACUUUUUUUGUUGUUGUUUUGAUGCGAAACAGUGAAAUGCAUCUUAUUGGCUGCUAAUUCUUAAGACAAUGUCAGUAUUACUCCUAUUAUUAAUGACGAGCAGGUUGUGUUAUUUUACAGCUUUUUAAACUCUAUCUUUGGUUAUUACAAUAGUGCAGUGUUCAUAUGCCCAGUUUAACCCACAAAAGAUGAAGUUUUGUUCCUUUUAUUUGAUUAUGUAAUAGAGGAAGCUUUUUGGAGGGAAAAAAGUUCGGUUGUAUUUGAAUAGUAGGAUGUUUUUUA